UUAUCUCCUCUAUCAUGAAUCGACACCCCUUGCACUAACCAUGUAAUAUGUAAUAAUUGCAAGUUUUAUCUGUAUAGCAUAAAAUUAUAUAUACACAGAGAAUAGUAGAGUAGAAAACCGGGCAGGCAUAUACUUUUACUGUUCUUUCAUUUAAUUGAGCUUUUGAUGCCAGAACUUUCACUUGCAAUGGAGCAUUUCUGCAUGAAUGCAUUGGUACUUUAACUUAAGUAAGGACUCCGAGUGCGUUGUGCAAAACAGGUUUGUUAAAAUUAGACGUCAGAUGCUCUGGUCAAUUAUAAACCAGCAUUUGAAGGCUUUACAAUAUUGCAGCUUUGGCGCUCUCUGAAUGAUAAUAAGGUGUUACCGAGCAGGAGCAGGAAAAAGCAUCUUGUUUUUGUUGACUAAUGCUCCUCACAGGUGCUGCCAUAAAUGUUGACUUAGGGAUUCAGUAAAAGUAUAGUGGCAGCGUAUACUUACUGCAGAGCUAUAUAAGAAGGAUUCACAGCCCGUCUGUGGCCACGUCCACGUCCGGAUAGCUCCUAAGACAUGGAAACAAAACAGGCUGGCGUCCAUGCAGUCCAGCAGGCUGUCCUCCUGCUGAGAGCAGCUCUGCUCUCUGUCCUGCUGUGUGGCCCCUGGCAGGUGCUGUCGGACUCGGACGAGGCGGUGCUGACCGAGUGGGAGGUCUGGAAGAGCAGCCACGGCGUGGCCUACGACGAGAUGGACGACGUGCAGAGGAAGGCCAUCUGGGAGGACAACAAGAGAAUGAUUGAUGACAAUAAUCAAAGGUUUUUCAUGGGGAUGAGGCCGUUUUCUAUGGCCAUGAAUAAAUACGGAGACUUGACAAAACUAGAAUAUGACAUUUUACAAGGUGCCAGGAUCAACGCCCAGUUUGUAAAGAGAGGGAAGACAAACUCUGCAAGAAAGCUGCGUAACGCCGCCAAGAAGAUAGAUGCGUCGGCGGUCGACUACAGAAACAGGGGCUACGUCACUGAGGUCAAAGACCAGGGAUACUGUGGUUCGUGCUGGGCCUUCAGCACCACAGGGGCCAUCGAGGGACAGAUAUACAAGCAGACGGGGCAGCUGGUCUCGCUGAGCGAGCAGAACCUGGUGGACUGCUCCAGGUCCUACGGCACUUACGGCUGCAGCGGUGCCUGGAUGGCUAAUGCCUAUGACUACGUGGUCAGCAACGGGCUGCAGUCCACAAACACCUACCCUUACACCUCCGUGGACACGCAGCCGUGCUACUACGACAGCAGGCUGGCGGUGGCUCACAUCCAGGAAUACAGGUUCAUACCCAAAGGAGACGAGCAGGCGCUGGCCGACGCCGUGGCCACGAUCGGCCCGGUGACCGUAGCCAUCGAUGCGGACCAUGCCAGCUUCCUGUUCUACAGCUCAGGGAUAUACGACGAGCCGGCCUGUAACCCCAACAAUCUGAGCCACGCCGUGCUGCUGGUUGGUUACGGCUCUGAGGGAGGCCAGGACUACUGGAUCAUCAAAAACAGCUGGGGCACCGGAUGGGGCGAGGGCGGCUACAUGCGACUGGUCCGGGACGGCAGCAACACGUGCGGCAUCGCCAGCUACGCCUUGUACCCCGUGCUGUGAUCCGUCAGAGCUCCUGUCCGGCCUGUGAGCGGAGCUGCUUAGCCGCUAAUGCGUCUGAAGUCACACAUUGGCCUCGCAUCUAUAUAUAUACUAAACCUUCUGCUGAACCCUUCCACUAAUAACGGUUAGCAGCCCACUAAUAAUCAAAGUCGGAUUCAUAAGUGCUAAAAUACAAUCAGCAAUUACAGGGAACACGCAUGGGUGAACAGUCUGCUUCAUUUUGACCCACGUGGUUAACAAACAGCCAGCGGAGAGUAAAAGCCAGGAUUUGCAUCAAAUGACGGGACAAACUGCAUAAAUAGAGUCGAGGCUUUAGAAAACAGGAAGGAGCUCAGCUCUCUCCUUAAAAUGUGUCCAUGCAAAUAUCCAGCAUCAAACUGCUGACAGUUCAGGGAACAGGACGUUGGUCACUGAUUGUGUUUAAUGGCAAUUUUUUGGACUGCAAUACUUUUUUUGUAGAAUAGAGCUUGUUUUAACGCGGGUCUGUGAACUCGGUGGCCUCAGCGCCUGAGGAUCCACUUGACCCGAUUUGGAACAGAGCUAAUGAAACUGUACUUUAUCUUUUCGGUGCACAUACUGUAAACCUUUUACCUCCCUCUGUUCUGUUGUUGUGUUGAUCAGCUGUGUUCUGUCGGCUUCCCAGCUGAUAAUAAAGUCAUUUU